AUGGUCAAGAAGCGCGCAAAAUGGGCGAGCAUGUAUUUUUCCUUGGUAUCAUUGAUUAUGUCGUGAUAUCUGUAAUUUUACUCAUAUCAGCGGGAGUCGGAGUAUAUUAUCACUUUACAGGAGGCAGGCAGAAAAGUGUUACGGAGUAUUUGUUGGCCAAUCGUAACAUGCAUGUAGUACCAGUUGCAUUUUCGUUAAUGGCAUCUUUACUAUCUGCAGUUGCCAUAUUGGGUGCUGCCAGCGAGAGUUAUACAUACGGUAUUCAACAGGCUGUAUUCAAUUUUGCUAUAUUUCUUUUUGCGCCCGUUCUAUCGUAUAUAUACAUGCCUGUAUUUUUCCGUUUACAAGUAACAAGUGUGUACGAGUACUUGGGAAAGAGAUUUGGGAUGGUAGCAAGACUCGCUGGCUCCCUUACGCGUACCAUUCUAAUGACUAUGCAGUCCGGAUUGGCCUUGUAUGCGCCGGCUCUUGCUUUAGAUGCAGUUACUGGAAUACCGAAAAGUGCUGCGAUCUUAAGUCUAGGUUUAGUAUGCACCUUUUAUUCGACUAUUGGUGGCAUGAAGGCUGUAAUUGUAACAGACGCAUUUCAGUCGUUACUCAUGUUUGCAGCAGUAACUUGCGUUCCAAUACAUGCAAUAUUGCAAACAGGAAGCUUUUCAGAAAUUUGGAGAAUAGCAAAGGAAGGAAACAGAACGAGCUUCUUAAAUUUUGACAUCGAUCCUACCGUUCGACAUUCCUGGUUUUCGUUAAUAAUAGGUGGUGGAGUCAUAUAUCUGUCAGUGAAUGUUACCGAUCAAUCGCAGAUACAGAGAUACUUAUGCGUUAAGGAUUUAAAAAGUGCACGUCAGGCACUUUAUUUAAAGAUAAUUAUGUCAGGAUGCCUUAAUGUUAGCGCAAUGUUCACUGGAUUAGUAAUUUAUGCCAAGUACUAUCAAUGUGACCCUGUUGCUAAUCGAAGUAUUAGAUUCUCGGAUCAGUUACUGCCCUACUAUGUCGUUCAGAUAAUGGGCCACAUUCCUGGAUUGAGUGGUCUUUUUAUCUCUGGCCUAUUCAGCGCUGCACUUUCCACUUUGUCGUCUUCGUUGAAUUGUUUAGCAGCGGUAACAUUGGAAGAUUACUUAAAGCCCAUUUAUUUCAAAGCCGCGGGCCGCAACCCUCCAAACGACAAGCUAUUUCUAUACAGUAAGAUUAUAUCAUUAGUUUUUGGAUUUAUUUGUAUAGGAUUGGCGUUCUUUGCACACUUAUUAGGCGGCCUUCUUCAAUCUAGCCUAACACUAACUGGCAUUCUGGGGGGACCACUUCUUGCAUUAUUCAGUUUAGGUAUGUUUACAAGAAGUGCCAAUCAGAAAGGCGCCAUGACGGGAUUUGUUGCCGGAAUUGUACUUUGUUGUUGGGCGGCAUUCGGCGGCCCGAGACCAGCCUUACCGAAACUGCCUGUACAAGUAAGUGGUUGCAACGGAACCAUUUCCUUGCACCCCACAUCGCCUGCAACUCUAGACGAUCAAGAGUAUUUUUGGCUAUACCGUAUGUCUUAUCUGUAUAAUGGUGUUAUUGGUUUUUUAUGCGCGUUUGUGGUGGGAAUUUCAGUAAGUACAAUAUGUAACAAAGUUUCCGGAAAGACACCAAAAGUGGAUCCUAAUUUACUUGCCACAUUGACGUUUAACACGAUGAUAAAAGUGAAAAAUGACGAAACUGAGGUGGGAGAAGCUCUUUUACACCAAGAUAUACGGAAUGGGCAUGAAGUGAAAGAUUCGUUCUAAACAAGCCAUUGAAGAGACCGAGAGCUUUGUCUCCAAAAACGAAAAAGUUCCGAGAAUAUGGUGCUCGAUGUAUUCAACUAUUACAUAGUGUAGAUGUAUCAUUAGGACA